AUGGCGGCUGCGGAGCCUUUGCAGAACAUUAAAGCCGAAGUCACCUGUCCCAUCUGUCAGGAGUUAUUCCUGGACCCUGUGACGAGUGAGUGUGGACACAGCUUCUGCCGGGAAUGUAUCGCCCAGCACUGCCAGGGAGACAGAGACAUCGCCUGUCCUCUGUGCAAUGAGAAACUUCGAAAGGGAAACUUACGGCCCAAUCGGGAGCUGAAGAACAUUGUGGAGUUAGUAAAGUCACAAGCAGUGGAGGAUCCGAGAGGAGGAUACGUGUGCAAGAUGCACCGAGAGCCUUUGAGAUUCUACUGCAAAGAGGAUGAGACCCCCGUGUGCAUGGCGUGUGAGAGAUCCCGGGCUCACCGCGCCCACACGGUGGUUCCUGUGGAGGAGGCUGUCCAGGAGCACAAGGAGGAUGCAAAGCGUCUCACUACAAGCCCAGCGGAGGCGACUCUGGACUCAGACACGGCCUAUCCCCAGCUCGUCCUGUCCAAGGAUCGGAAAAGCGUGAGAUUGGGAGACACCUUGCAGGAUCUGCCCGACAACCCGGGAAGAUUUUGCUCUUCCUUUGCUGUCCUAGGAUCCGAGGGCUUCACCUCAGGGAGACAUUACUGGGAGGUGGAGGUGGGGGCUGGGGGAGGCUGGGGUAUUGGGGUGAGCAAAGGGUACGUGAAGAGGAAAUCAAGAAGCUCCUUUAAUGCCAAGAAAGGGAUCUGGGCUCUGACCUCUUCUCAUCCACCUCCGUCUUUCUGUGAGACACCCCAGCUCAUCGGGGUCUUUCUGGACUAUGCAGGGGGAAAAGUGACAUUUUUCGAUGCUGAGAACAUGAUCCCCCUCCUCACUCACUCUGCCAAGUUCACUGGGAAAAUCUUUCCGUUCUUCCGGCUCCGGACAAAAUCAUCGUAUCUCAAGCUGUCCCCCUGCCGGAGAUGA